AUGACGGCCACGACGGAGCCCCUGACGGAGCUGAAAUGUUUUAAGUGCCAGAAGCCCGCCAAGCUACAAUGUCCAAAGUGCCUGGAGCUGGAUCUAGAGAGGGACCAUGCUGCCUUCUGCUCCCAGCAGUGCUUCGCGGCGUCAUGGGUGGACCACAAGCGGCUGCACCGCCCAGGCCCAGAUGGCUGGCAUUAUGCAACCCGCCGAGGGGCCGGGCGCUCCCUGACCAUGCCAGACUUCAACUGGACCGGUCCCCUGCGGCCCUGGCGGAUAAGCCCGAUGCGUUCGAUCCCGGACUCCAUUCCCAAGCCGGAGUGGUACUCCACCGGUCGAGCAGAUGUGGAGGUGUCCAGCCGUCAGCAGCACACUCCCAUCCCACGCUUCGGCAAGGCGGCCGAGGGCAUCCGCGCAGCGUGCACCUUGGGGAGGAAGGUGCUGGACCUGGCACACGCCGCCGUCGCCCCAGGCGUCACCACGGACGAGAUCGAUCGCGUGGUCCACGAGGCCACCAUCGCGGCGGGUGCGUACCCCAGCCCCUACAACUAUUUCAACUUCCCGAAAUCCGUCUGCACCUCCGUCAACGAGAUCAUCUGCCACGGCAUCCCCGACCGGCGGCCGCUGGAGAAUGGCGACAUUGUGAAUGUGGAUGUCUCGGUCUACCUCAACGGCUGGCACGGGGAUCUGAACGAGACUUUUGUGGUGGGGGAGGUAGAUGACGUGUCUAAGAAGCUCCUCAAGACCACGCACGAGUGCCUGGAGCUGGCCAUCGCGGCGUGCCGGCCCGGCAUGCGGUACCGCGACGUGGGCGACAUUAUCACCCGCCAUGCCAGCGCCGCCGGCCUCAGCGUGGUCAAGGCCUACUGCGGGCACGGCAUCGGCGACCUCUUCCACUGCGCGCCCAAUGUGCACCACUACGCGCACAACAAGGCGCGGGGUGUGAUGAAGGAGGGCGAGGUGUUCACCAUCGAGCCCAUGAUCUGCGUGGGCUCGCACCGCGACAAGACCUGGCCCGAUGGCUGGACCGCUGCCACGGAGGACGGCCUGCGCUCCGCCCAGUUCGAGCACCAGCUGCUCAUCACGCCUCAGGGUUGCGAGGUCCUGACAGCCCGGCUGCCCACCUCCCCGCCCCUUUGGUGGGAGGUGGAGGAUGCAAGCCUGGCAGCCAAGACAGGGCAGGUCCUGUCCGUUUGA